GGUAACACUGUAAAACCUCAUAUUUUCUUGAACAAAAAAAUUGUUGAUAUUCAUGGUGGCUCUAGGCAUACAACCUGCCCAUUUCACUCCUCCACAACUUCAUUCAAGACCCAAACAGAGAACCUUCACCCGCAUUAUUCGGUGUGGGAUUGCAGAACCAUCAGGGGAACCAGCUCCUUUGGGGCAGAAAACCAAGUACAACGAUGGGUGGUUUGAGAAGGCAUUCAUGACUCUUUUUGCAUGGAAGAUGGAGAAGUUUGCAGCGCCGGUGAAAACCGGGAUGCAGUCCAAGGAAAAGGGAUGGUUUGAGUAUGACUAUGAGAGUUUUGUGGAUGUGUCAAAGAGGGUGAUGCAGGGCAGGACUCGGCUGCAGCAGCAACAAGUGGUCCGAGAGGUGCUCCUGUCCAUGCUCCCUCCUGGUGCCCCAGCCCAGUUCAGGAAACUGUUUCCGCCAACAAAGUGGGCAGCUGAGUUCAAUGCUGCAUUAACAGUUCCUUUCUUUCACUGGUUAGUUGGCCCUUCUGAGGUAGUGGAAGUGGAAGUAGGAGGAGUGAAGCAAAGAAGUGGAGUUCAUAUAAAGAAGUGCAGGUACCUGGAGAACAGUGGGUGUGUCGGAAUGUGUGUAAACAUGUGCAAGAUUCCUACUCAAGAUUUCUUCACUAAUGAGUUUGGACUUCCUUUAACCAUGAUUCCAAAUUUUGAAGACAUGAGUUGCGAAAUGGUAUACGGGCAAGCUCCACCCCCUUUUGAAGAGGAUCCUGUAUCCAAGCAGCCUUGUUUUGCAGACAUAUGUUCCAUGGCAAAUCCAAACUCUACUGUUUGUCCUACGUUACAAGCUUGAGAAGAGGUUUCCCGCUGUCCCAUGCUGUCCCAGUGGAAACAAGUAUCAGAAACAGCUUCGACUGUCAACUUGUUCAAUUCAUGUCUGUUACCAUGGGCUGGCAUCUUUAGUAUAGGCAUACAUCAUUUUAAGGCAAGAAAUAUAGGUCGAAAACUUAAGACAAAAUUAGAAAGGAAAAAAUAUGAAUUAACGGAAACAGGGAGGAAGGAAAGAAUGUUAUAAGUGUAGGUUACACAGAUAGGACAAUUUUCAGUCUGUCAAAAUGAACAAUAAGAAAUUGUCCCGUCCCUUAUGCAAGUUUGCUUAAGACAGAAGACACUUUCCUCCUUCAUUUUGUUCUUUUUCAUUUUAUAGGUGAUGCGUAUACAUUUACAUAAUAGAGACAUUUGCUUGAAAGCAUUAUCUAAUUGAUAUACAUAAAAGUAAUACUUUUCU